AUGAACUCACCCAACUCCACAUACUCCGGGCGAUGCUGUGCUGUCCGCUGGUUGAGGUCACUGAGACACCAACAACAACAAAGAAAACCAAGAACCAGAACACCACAACAUAACAACACAACACCUAAGGACCACAACCCCAUAACUCAACAACACAACAACAAACAAGGAACACAACCACAACUCAACAACACAACAAGCAACAAGCAACAAGCAGCUCAGCAACACAGCAAACCAAUAAGGAACAUAACUACAACUCAACAACUCAACAGCAACCAAGGAAUACAGCCACAGCAAAAGACCAAUGCUCAAACAAUCACCAACAACACAAAACGACAACACACAUACCCACCAACAACACAAAAAGGCAGCACACACACACACCAACAGCACCAAGGAAUCACAACAGCUCACCAGCAACAACCCUCAACAGCUCACACACCACCAACCAACAAACAGCCCCAACCAACCCUCUACCACAACAACUCACAUAUAACAACAGAAACUCACAAGCACAACAAAUCCAACAGCACAGGCGAGGAGCUGUACUGUCAACUGGAUAUGUCUGUCAUAAUGCACGGCCAACAACAAAGACAACAACCAAGAACUACAACCCCACAACUUAACAACAACACAACAACCAAGGACCACAACCCAACAACAACACAACACCUAAGGACCACAAUAACAAUCAAGGAACACAACCACAACUCAACAACACAGAAAACAACCAAGGAACAACAAUAA